AUGGCGGAUCGAGUACAUCCUAUGGAUUUACCAUCAUCAAGCAAUCCACCGUCCUCGAACAACUCCGGCGAAGUAGUUUCACCGAAAAAACCAUCAUUUCCAUCGCCGGCGAAGCCUGUACAGCCACCGGCGGGAACUUACGUAGUUCAAGUUCCGAAGGAUCAAAUUUACAAGUAUCCUCCACCGGAGAAUUCUCGCCGGUAUGAGUCUCUUACUAAACGAAAACCUCGCCGGAGCUGCUGCUGUCGUUGUCUCUGCUUCACUUUCUCCGUUCUACUUCUGCUUAUUAUAUCAAUCGGAAUCACCGCCGGAGUUCUAUACCUUGUAUACCGCCCUGAAGCACCGAAGUACACCAUUUCCAGCAUUGCGAUUAAGAAUUUCAACUUCACAGCGUCUUCGAGAAUCUCGCCUGAGUUCGACAUUUCCGUCAGAGCUGAAAAUCCGAACAACAAAUUAGGAAUUUACUACCGGAAAGGAAGUUCAGUUACGGUGGUUUACUCCGGCGUGGAUCUUUCCGCCGGUGCAUUACCGGCGUUUUAUCAGCCGGCGAAUAAUGUAACGGUUUUUCAAACGGCGUUGAAAGGUUCGAACGUUAUACUUGGAAACGCCGUUAAGUCGACGUUAAGAAAUGAACAGAUGAAAGGGAAAGUGCCGUUUAGAGUGAAUAUUAAAGCGCCGGUUAAGAUUAAGAUUGGGGCAGUGAAGACCUGGGAAAUCACCGUUAAAGUUAACUGUGACGUAACGGUGGAUGCGUUGACCGUUAAGUCGAAAUUGGUAUCUAAGGAUUGUGAUUAUAGUGUGAGGCUUUGGUAG